UUCUUACUCCAGCCUGUUACCAGGGUGGUUUUAGGAUGAAAUGGCUGGGGUGACAUCUGCAGGGAGGCAUGGGGAGCCCUGAGUGGAAAGGAGAGGUUAUCAUUUUAAAUUGUCAGUACUGAGUCAGGGUGGAUGAUGUUGUGAUUUGGGAAGAAAACCAGAGCUGGAACAGAAAGAACCUUAAACCAGAACUUCUUCUGGGCGCUUAAGAACUUUAUUUGAAAAAGUAAUAACAAGCUAUGCCCUGUCUGCUGGCCUGUCAUUCUGUGGGAUGUACCUGCUGUGGCAUGUGGCGGUGUGCUCCUGUCACCUGCUCUCAUCUCCGUCCUGGAGCAGCCUUAACAGGAAGGGGAAAUGCCACCUGCAUCCUUCCAGGAAAUAGCCGGAUCUGCCUGUCCCGUGUGGAGUCCAAACCAGCUGGCGAGGGUGCGUGCAUGCAGCUCUCAGGCAGCUCGCUGGGACAAACUCAUUGCUUCUGGGACUCAAGCUGCUCCUCUGCUACAAGCAAAAUUCCCUGCCUGACCUGGCUCAUCAGAAAGGGUUUGUAUAUGGAAAACUUCAGAAAAGAACAAAGAAACUUAGCCUGGAUGAGGAAUGAAGUCUUGGCUGUCCUUUAGCCAUUCCCGAACUGCCAGGCUACGUAAAAAAAAAAACAAAACUCUGCUGGGAAAACGUCUGAAAAAGAGAAGGCGUCACAGACAGCAGGCGCGGCCUGGAGCAGCUGCGCGCUCCUGCCCGUGCGCCCUGGCUCCGCGCUCCGCUCUCCGUCUGGAGCAGCUCCAACCUGCGCACUUUGCGAGUAUGAGCCAGGGGGCCUGAGCCUCUGGAGUCGGCGAAAUCCCGCCCUGGCUUCUCAGGAGGCCUUUGGAACUCUGGCCUUCAGCCCAGUGCUAUCACAAGUGGAGAGAAAUGUAGGGAAGAUGCCGCUAACGCUUUAAAGUGACCGUGCCACGGAGCAAGAACUCAGGAGUCCCCGGCGUGCACUGGAGCCUCGCUGGGGGAGAUGUCAGCUUGGACCAUGGGCGCCCGCGGUCUGGACACGCGAGGAAGUUUCUUUAAGCUCAUUGACACAAUUGCCUCAGAGAUCGGAGAACUGAAACAGGAGAUGGUGCGGACAGAUGUCAGCUUGGAAAAUGGCCUGGAACCCGUCGAAACCCACAGCAUGGUCAGACACAACGACAGCGGCUGUUCUGAGGAUGAGGACGGGAAGCUCUGUCCCCGGGACUCUGGCUAUGAUAGCCUCUCCAGCAGGCUCAGCGUCCUGGACCGGCUCCUUCACACCCACCCUGUCUGGCUGCAGCUGGGUCUGAGCGAGGAGGAGGCAGCGGAGGUCCUGCAGCCCCAGCCUCCCGGGCUCUUCCUGGUUCAUAAAUCCACCAAAAUGCAGAAGAAAGUCCUCUCCCUUCGCCUGCCCCAAGAAUUUGGAACCUCACUCAAGGAAUUUGCCAUAAAGGAAAGUGCAUACACCUUUUCCCUGGAAGGCUCAGGAAUCAGUUUUGCGGAUUUAUUCCGGCUCAUUGCUUUCUACUGCAUCAGCAGGGAUGUUCUGCCGUUUACCUUGAAGUUGCCUUAUGCCAUUUCAACAGCCAAGACUGAGGCUAAGCUUGAAGAACUGGCCCAGCUGGGACUAAAUUUUUGGAGCUCCCCAGCUGACACCAAACCCCCAAACCCUCCAGCUCCCCACAGCCCUCUCUCCUCAGACGGCGGCGUCUGUCCUGCCUCCUUGCGCCAGCUCUGCCUUAUAAAUGGAGUGCAUUCUAUCAAAACCAGGAUGCCCUCAGAGCUGGAGUGCAGCCAGACCAACGGGGCCCUGUGUUUCAUUAAUCCCCUUUUCUUGAAAGUGCACAGCCAGGACCUCGGUGGAGGCCUGAAACGGCCGAGCACAAGGACUCCCAACGCGAAUGGCACCGAGCCGCCUCGCUCCCCCCCACCCCGGCCCCCGCCCCCGGCUAUUAAUAGUCCGCACACAAGCCCUGGGCUGUCCGGGGCUGGAGCCCAGGCGGGCAUGCCAGAAACAGCGAACCAUAACAAACAUGGGAACGCAGCGCUGCCUGGAGCCAGACCAGCUCCCGUCCCUCCGCCCCGGCUCAAGAAGCAGGCUUCCUUUCUGGAGGCGGAGGGCGGCGCCAAGACCUUGACCGGCGGCCGUCCGGGCGCAGCUGGCCGCGCAGGUGCCGCCCCGCCCGCCGCCGCCCCGGGCGGUUGCACAAGCGCCCCGCCGCCCGGCGCUGACUCACGGCCCCCGCGCCAUGGGGGCCGCCAGCGGCUGAGCGACAUGAGCCUCUCCACCUCGUCCUCCGACUCGCUCGAGUGCGAGCGCAGCAUGCCCCUGCUCGGCUACGAGGCGGACACCAACAGCAGCCUGGAGGACUACGAGGGCGACAGCGACCAGGAGACCAUGGCGCCCCCGGUCAAGUCCAAAAAGAAGAGGAGCAGCUCCUUCGUGCUGCCCAAGCUGGUCAAGUCCCAGCUGCAGAAGGUCAGUGGCGUGUUCAGCUCCUUCAUGACCCCGGAGAAGCGGAUGGUGCGCAGGAUCGCCGAGCUGUCCCGGGACAAAUGCACCUACUUCGGGUGCCUGGUGCAGGACUACGUGAGCUUCCUGCAGGAAAACAGGGACUGCCACGUGUCCAGCACCGACCUGCUGCAGACCAUCCGGCAGUUCAUGACCCAGGUCAAGAACUAUUUAUCCCAGAGCUCCGAGCUGGACCCUCCCAUCGAGUCGCUGAUCCCUGAAGACCAAAUAGAUGUCGUGCUGGAAAAAGCCAUGCACAAGUGCAUCUUGAAGCCCCUGAAGGGGCACGUGGAGGCCAUGCUGAAGGACUUCCACGUGGCCGACGGCUCGUGGAAACAGCUCAAGGACAACCUGCAGCUCGUGCGGCAGAGGAACCCGCAGGAGCUGGGGGUUUUUGCCCCAACCCCUGAUUUCGUGGAUGUGGAGAAAAUCAAAGUCAAAUUCAUGACCAUGCAGAAAAUGUAUUCGCCCGAAAAGAAAGUCAUGCUGCUGCUGAGGGUCUGCAAGCUCAUCUACACUGUCAUGGAGAGCAACUCAGGGAGGAUGUACGGCGCCGAUGACUUCCUGCCAGUGCUGACUUAUGUCAUCGCUCAGUGUGACAUGCUCGAACUGGACACGGAGGUCGAGUACAUGAUGGAACUCCUGGACCCGUCGCUGCUCCACGGCGAAGGAGGUUAUUACUUGACGAGUGCCUACGGGGCACUUUCUCUGAUAAAGAAUUUCCAAGAAGAGCAAGCAGCGAGACUGCUCAGCUCUGAGACCAGGGACACACUGCGGCAGUGGCACAAGCGGAGGACGGCCAGCCGGACCGUCCCUUCUGUGGACGACUUCCAGAAUUACCUCCGAGUUGCAUUCCAGGAGGUCGGCAGUGGCUGCACGGGAAAGACCCUCCUUGUGAGACCAUAUGUCACCACCGAGGACGUAUGUCAGAUCUGUGCCGAGAAGUUUAAGGUGCAGGACCCUGCGGGGUACAGCCUCUUUCUGUUUGUGGACGAAACGUGGCAGCAGCUGGCGGAGGACACUUACCCUCAAAAGAUCAAGGCCGAGCUGCACAGCCGACCCCAACCCCACAUCUUCCACUUUGUCUAUAAGCGCGUCAGGAGUGAUUCUUACGGCGUCAUUUUCCACAGCGAGGAUGAGGACCUCACCGCCUCAUAGAAGACGCAAGGAACUUCUCAGUGUUGGAUCCAACGGGGGCUGGGACCUCGCCUUCUGGCUUCUGUGUCACAUCCUCGGGGACCCCUCAGUUCAGUGACUAAGCCAUCCACAGGCCAGCUUGGCCAAGGGUAUCAUUAGCCACUUCAGGUAGUGGAGGUUGUGAAACAGUAGGAUUCUCCUUCAGCAAAGGAGAAUUGCAUAUGAUGGUUCAAGUGUCCUGAGAUUGUUGGCUACCUACCCCAAGCCAGGUUCUAGGUUGGCUUACGUGUAUGUAUAUAUGCUGAAUAAACAUUUCUUGAAUUCACCAGCAGGUGUUUGAAAAGACUGUGCAGUGAAGAGUCAGGUACUUCUCAGUUCCGUGGAUGGCUCCGCCCAUCCUUCCUCUCUUUCUUUCUUCUAUCCUUCUUUCUUCUUCUUCUUUUUUUUUUUUACAAAGAGCCUUUGUGUUUUUAUAUAUUUCAUAGAAAUUUUUAUAGCAGUUGCAGGUAAACUGUCAGGAUUUGUUUUUAAAAUAUUUUUGUAAUUUUAAAAUAUUCUAUAAUUAUGCAUGUGAUUUUAACAUUUAAUAUUCGAAAAUAAAUCUCUUGCUGGAUUUGAGAGUAUUGCAUUUUACAGGUGUCUCUUCUGUAACUGGAUGUUUUGGUGACUUUGUGAGGAGAGACUGCUGGAUUUCUUAAAGCAAUAUAUUCCUGACACUGGCUGCAGAAUGCCUUUGGAAAUCUCAUGUACUGUGUUAUCUUGUUCACGUGUAGUGGAGUUUUGCUGUUUUGAUUUUUUUAAACAAGUGAUGCUGACAAUAAGGAGAGAAAUGAAUGUAGAGAGAGAUAGGAGAGAAAUACAGACUCUAAAAAAGGACUGGGGAGUGUAGUCUGCUGGUUCAGGCUCUUUGAAAGAUAAGAAAAGGAGAUGGGAGGAACCACUUAUGCUUAAAAGACUAUAAAUAUGCAAUGAGAUUUGGCAAAAUCUAUUCCGUAUGUUAGGGACUUUUAGAAAAAAUUUUGAAAACUCCAUGAGGCAAAAAAUUAGGAAUGAUAUUCCCCCCCCCAUACAAUCAAAAUUAACAGCAUCAAUUUAUUUGAGGGCAGAAACCAAGUAAUGUAUAAUGUGGCUUUUGUUGAGUUAAAUAAGAUGUUACACAUUAGAAAAGUUUCGAAAUGCACCCAAAAACCCAUCUGCAUCAUAAGGAUCUAUGGUGAAGUUAAAUCCACGUUUUAUAAAAGCAGUGUGCAGGGGCACAGACUAUGAGGGUCUUGUAUCAGUGUAACACAGGUAGUUACAAAAACAUGUUCUCGUACUGUGUAAAGAUGCACGGUCGUCUGUUUGAUUGGCCUUGUACCUUGUACCUUUCUUAGCCUUGACUUUCGUUGUACUAGAACCCUCAGCACAUACUGUGUUGUACUUCCUUUUGUAAAUGAUUUUUAAAUGGAAUUUUGCACAUAAUACAUUGUAAUACUGUAUGAUAAUCAUGUGUGAAAAUAAUUUUUGAAACAU